AUGAAGAGGGAAAAUGAGGAUCACUUGUUCAAAUGGGUUGAUGAAGCUCUCUUAGAAGAAAUUAGGAUGGUGGAGGAGAAGUGUAAGUUAGUUGCACAAGAUGUCAAUGCUUUGAGGAUGGAAGUGAUGGGUACUAUGAAGCUCCACAACAUAAACUUUAAGAAGAUGGAGGAUGCGAUGAGUAAGAAGAUCAUGAAGACAGUAGGUGUUGCUUAUGUUAUUCUUUGCUCAAUUGUAUGGCUAUGGGGAAGAGUGUAG